ACAACAAACGGAGAAGGAAGAUCUGCCCUGCCCAUUUAGUGCUUUCGGGCUCGUGUUUUUCAGCUGCAACUCCACCCCACGCCAGUGGAGAAGGGAUCAGGUCCCACUGAUCGCAGGAAAGGGAGGUUGUGGGGUUUGCUGGGUGAGAUCACCACCAGCCACACGCUUCGCUGUCCUGCUCACUGAGAAUUUAUCACAGGCUAAUUUGCUGCAAAAAGAAAAGUAAAAACGGAAAAAAGAAAACAGCCAAACCAACCCACCAACCUGACAACCAACAGCACACACACGAGGUGUGUUUUGAGCUCUGGGAAAACAAAGGGCAGAGACCGGGGCGGGAGCUGACACUUGGAUGGGAAGCUUCCUGCCCAGCAGAAGAGGACAAGUGUGGAAAGGACUCGGACGGGACCAGCACUCCUCAUCCUGCAGGGGAAGUCUCACUGCAGAGGAAUCUCUCUAAGAACCUUCUUCAGUGAGAAACUCCAUCAAAUGCCUGCAGGAAACCCAGGUCAGUGACGUCAAGUAUAUUGCUGGGAUCAUCGCUGUCCUCUAUUCAUUCACAAGGCUGUACAGCAAAGUUGAUGACAAAAUGCCAUCCCUGCUUACUGCAGCUCUCCACUGCCUGUUUCUACUGGUCACAGCAUGUUGCCAUACAUCACAGGCCUCAAACUUUGACCCAAUCACCCAAUAUGUAAUUGAUGGUGAGCUGGGAGGGGAAAGCGUCCACUCAGAGCUGCAAAGGGAGAAGCCAAAUGUGCUGUUUUUCUACCAUCCGCCUCUGGAGUACACCGUUGACAUUGAAAUAAUUCUUAUGAAUCCAGAUUUCUUCUCGCUAGUCACACAGUAUUACAAAUGCCAUAAUCUUCAAAUUUCAACAAAUAUUUCAGGUCUAGAAAUGAGCAUUUCAAGCAUCAACAUUACCGCAGUUUGUCCGCCCAGUGGUGAGAACGUGAGCUGUUGUUAUUGUGAAGAUGGAGUGUACAAUGACUCGAAAGCCUGCCCUCCUGUCACCCUACCAUCCAAACAGUCCUGUGGCUAUAUCAAGGAUAUGCCCUUCUACAGGAUCCACUGUGAGCCUGAGCCUUACAUUGGAGACCCACAUCGUACGGGAGAGCCUGUUGAUAUUCAUAUGUCAGUCAUACUUGACGAAGUCUUUUCUGAAAAUCUCAGGAAUUCUUCUUCAGAAUUAUACAAAAAAUACAAAGAUGACUUUGAAAAAGCGUUUCUUCAGAGCUACGCAUGCUUAUCAGGCUUUCUAUCAGUAACAGUAACUGGUUUCAGGCCUGGAAGUGUCUCUGUGAACUACGAAGUAAAAGCAAGAGCAGUGACCUUCAGUGAGAUAGACAAUUCCAACAAACUUAUACCAAAAUUUCUAGAUCCAUUGUACCAUCUAAUACCCAGCUCCUUCACAACAGAAAUAACUAAUCAGACAAACUCCACUGUAAGUCCUGCGGACAUUUUUGAAGGGGAUACAGUAACACUGAUGUGUGAGAUAAAUGCAGAGUCUGGGAAUGCGAGCUGGUAUCACUUCAAUCAGACCAUCUCAGACAGCUCCCGGCAUUUGCUGGAGGCAGAAUUUACAACUGGAAUAUCAAGAUCAACUCUUAAGAUUACCAACAUUACAAUGGAGGAUUCUGGUUCCUAUACGUGUGUUUUCUCAAACGUCAGUGACCAUUACAAGCUGAUAUACAAAGACACACAAGACAUCACAGUAUCUUCACUAAGCAUCACUUCAUACUCAAACGACACAAAAAUUAGCUGCAAGAGUCCUGACAUUCAAGCAACAAGAACCUUGCUGUUCUGUUGUUUACACAUAUACUCAACAUCAAUUAGGAGUGACUGGAAGUUAAAUGGAACAAGCGUUGCUACAGGAGUCUCCACUGCCAAAAAUAACUGCACUGAAUAUGAGCUCAACAUCACUGAAUGCCUACCUGAGAAGUUGGGUACAGUGACGACAUAUACGUGUGAGUUCCUGAGUGGACAUGGUGCCAGGACCAGUCAAAACAUCAGAGUGACAUACUUACGAACAGACUAUGUAAGAAUAUCUUCGAGUGUAAACACAUCAGUUUCUGAGGGAAAGGGAUUCAGCCUAACGUGCGAAGGUGAUGUGAGCAAUUAUGACAGCAUUAUUUGGGAAAUCCAGUCUGGAGAUAAAAUACAAACAGUAGAAUGCGCUUCGUGCAUCAGAACCAACAAAUCCAUAGCCACAUCUGUGCUCUCAGUGAAUCUUGCCACUCAGGACUGGAAUGGCACCUACAUCUGCACUUUCUCCAAGAAGUCUUCGAACACUUCUGCCAAUGUGACUGUCAAUAUUAUUCCCUUGCCUCUGAAGCAGAACAUCUGGUUAGACCCCAUUAAAACAUCUAUGAACUGCAAAUUUCUACAACCCUUCAACUGCUGCAUAAGCGCUAACACCAUAGAAGAUUAUAAUGUUACAUUUGUGGUUCGAGAAAGAGCAUUUCAAACUGAAAAGAAAGAACAUGGAAAUUUCUUGUGCUACUCGUACAAACACAACGAAACAGAAUGCACAAAACAAGAAAAUCUAAAGGUAUAUUACAGGUUUGUUAACAGCAUGAAACAGGAGGUCAAGAGUGAAAACAUACAACUGAAGCUGAUACCUGAGGACAAAACUUCCUGCUCAGAAAACAAUGUUAUUGGAGAGGAAGAGGACACAUUAAUAAAGCCAUGCCCUUUGUUAAAUAAUACUUUUAUCCGAGGCAAUGAAAUUUACAAGUGCUACAAACAAUCAUGGAAGCUGGAAAGGAAUAACUGCGUGUCUGAACAAAUAAACAGCCUUCUGAUUAGAGCGGAGUCCUUGGUCAACAGUCCUGUGGCAAAAACAGACCUACCCAUCUUUCUUCAGCAACUCCUGAAUGAGACAGAACUCCAACAAAAUGUCAAUUCUUCUGCAAACCUAGCUGCAAUUGUUAACAUCCUGCAUAAUAUCUCUGCCAUCCCAGCAGAUGCAAGCAAGUCCAUUAUCAAGGCCUUCUUCUCUACAGUGGACAAUAUUGUUAAUGGUUCCAAAAUGGAACUUUGGGCAGACCUGAAUAAUGAGAACGCACCCAGCAGUUCUCUUUUACUGAAUUCAGUAGAAAGAUUUUCUGAGAAUCUCCAGCCAGUUAAUAAUACCUUUCCUAAUGUCAGCACUAAAACCCUUGAGCUACAAGGUAUGGUUGUCACAGAAAACAGGCACGCAUACUAUAAUAAGGAUUUCAACCAAGUAGGAAACCUCAAUGCUAAUGUGCUAAUUGAGAAAUCUGCGACUCUACCCCCAAAUUCAACCAUUGUCAGUGUGGCCUGCUCAGCAAUUGGACAGAUUUUGCCUAAGAAUCAUAGCACAUACGUGAAUAGCUUAGUGGUAAUAACAACUCUGAGCUGCAAGAGACCCCAGAAUUUCUAUAUUAAUAUGACCUUUCAAAAAGCAAACCCGUCUCUAACGAUGCCGAAAUGUGUCUUUUGGAACUUCAGCCUCAAUGAAAACAGAGGAAAGUGGGAUGAUUAUGGUUGCAUACUGACAGAGGAAAAAGGCAACAUCACUUGCUCCUGCAAUCACUUGACAUCAUUCUCCAUUUUGAUGUCACCUUUAAAACUGCCUGCCAAUCUUGUUGCAGAUUAUAUUACCCACAUUGGCCUGGCCAUUUCAAUCGUGAGUUUAGUGGUCUGCAUUAUAAUUGAAUCCUUAGUUUGGAAAAAUAUAACAAACAACACAACCUCCUACAUGCGCCAUGUCUGUAUACUCAACAUAGCUACGUCACUCCUAGUUGCUGACAUUUGGUUCAUUGUCAGUGCUUCCAUCAGGGAGCAAAACACACAGAAAGAAAGAGAGAUUUGUAUUGUGGCCACCUUCUUCAUCCAUCUAUUCUACCUGUGUGGCUUAUUCUGGAUGCUCAGCCUUGGCCUCAUUCUUUUCUACAGAUUGGUCUUCAUCUUCCAUAACACAAGUAAGACCAUCCAGAAAGUAGUGGCAUUCUGUCUGGGAUAUGGGUGCCCCUUUGUCUUUGCAGUUAUUACAAUUGCUGUCACACUGCCACAGAACAAUUACACCAGAAAGAAUCUCUGCUGGCUCAACUGGGAUGACAGCAAAGCUGUCUUAGCCUUUAUCAUACCUGCCCUGGCUAUUGUGGCCAUGAAUUUGUUCAUCACCGGAGUUGUUAUAAUAAAAAUACUGAGGCCAAACAUUGGGGACAAGACCAAUAAGCAGGAGAGAAAGAUUUUGUUUCAAAUCGGCAAAAGUCUGGCCAUCUUGACACCGCUGUUAGGCCUCACCUGGGGAUUUGGUAUUGCCACCAUCAUCAAAAACAGCCACGAAGCUUUCCACAUCCUCUUUGCUCUGCUCAAUGCUUUGCAGGGAUUUUUCAUUUUGGUGUUUGGGACUCUCUGGGACAAGAAGAUAACAGAAGCCCUGCUGAAGAGGAAUUCUCUGUCCAGAUGGAGUUCACAGCAAACAAAGUCAACCUCUCUGAUCUUGGUGACACCAAUGUUCUCUAUGGGCUACCCACUUUCAAGAACCUUCAACAACUUAUGUGGCAAAACAGGAAAAUACACAGUAUCUUCUUCAGAGCCAUCCAGCUCUUCUGAAAACACUUCCAAGUCAUAUUCUUUGCUUAACUGAGGCACUGCAAAUGCUAAACCAUUUAACUGUGAAAGGAACUCUGCCCUUUCCAAGACACACACAAAAAGCGUCUGUGAGUUGUCAAGCAGUGGAUUGCUUCCCAUUGACUAUACUGUGCCUUGGUGCAUUCUUCUGGAAUAAUCCUUUCCGGUUAACAUGUAAGGCAGGGAAGCUUUCUGAGGUGGAAUUUUACAGCGACUGCCAAUACCAGAAGAAAUGACAAGACGUUUGAAGCUUGGAAGGAUUAGAAGGCCUUCAAGUGCUGGUAAAGACAUUGAAGAAUCCUUGGCCUUGAAGAGGGUGCUUAGCACUGUGCAGUACUGAGCCAUGAAUCGCAGUGCUACACACAGCCGUUGUCCAGUGGUUUUUGCAUUUCUCCUACCAAAUCUCUUAAUGAUUCCAAAACCCUGUGUAGAUAAACAAGUACCCCAUAGCUUCUCAGCUACCCUCCUAUUACGGUCUGGAAAGCUAUCGGGUAUAAUGCUCUCUGAUUUCUAUUUAAGAUUUCCUGGAGCCAAAGAUUCAAAACUGAGAAGGCCUAUUUCAGAUCUUCACUUCUGACUCAUAAAAAAUGAAGACUGUGAUGAUUCCUGUGUGAUUUUCUUUCAGAUGGAAUGUGCUCGAAGCUCUAUGUGGCACUUUUUAAAGAAAAGAAAGCUUUAUAUCUGUAACUAUAAUUGUCUUUCCCUAGAUGUAAUGUGGUAAGAAAGAGAGGGUUGCUGCCCUCUGCCACAGAGGGUGAUGCAAUUAUUAAGUGUUAUGUAUGCAAGGAGUCUCUUUUAUAAAGUCUACUUUUGGGUCUCCUUCCAGAGGAGAAUCACACUUGGAGGGCUCAGAGCCAAUUCUGCAAUGAAUAUAAACCAGCAUGUGCCAUGUAGAAUGAAAGGUUUUAUAUAAAUUAUUGCUUUAAUACUACAUUUGUGGAAUCAGUUAUUUACAAGCCUGUACGCCUUUAAAGGCAGGAUUCUUAUUUCAAGUCGAGGACUAUAAAAUAGCCUGCAAAGUAUUUGUAGUACACACAAAUAUCACAAAACUUACUGUAAAAUACGACAGAGUCAUAAAGACAUAAAUGUGAGGCCUGUAUCAAGUAUGACAGUCAGGUGGUACAGCCCCAUAUGCCCUAUUUGGCUCAUGGGGAACCAGGCCCAGGUUUACUGGUGGUGAACUCAUUCCCAGGCCAUUGGAAUUGAUCAGGAUGGGAAACUUGUUGCCUACUGUUACAGACGUGUUAUGGGCUGGUACAGGCAGGUGGUGAGGAAUGAAGACAGCAAACAAGCAUCAGUCAAGUGUAUUACUUAUACCAAAAGCAGUUUUUCAUUUGAAGAUGUUAGUUAUUAACACUAAAACUAGAACGUAGUUAGAGACUAAAAGAUAUUUGAAAAUCCAGAAUCUCUUUGAAAUGUAUGGCCAAUGGAAACUUGAAAGUCAGACCUCUGCAUGUUUUUCCAAGCAAAAUUUGCCUUUGGACAGCCAUUCGAUCUAAGCCACUCUGGAAGUAGCUUGUACAGUGCUGAUCUGCUGCAGAAGCCAUCCCCUCUCAGUGAGUCAAUCAGCUUCUCAUAAAUUGCAAAAUACAAGUCCCUGUAGACAGUACAGUCCCACCACACCUUAUUUCUGCUGAUGUUUCACCCCUGAGAUUUCAUCACAUAUCCCAAAUUAGUCAAGCCUGGGUCUAGACUGUAUGUGAAUGAAAAAUCAGGAUGUGAUGCUGAGCUGUGUGGCAAUGAAAUGGCGUCUUUCAAAGGUAAGGUCCUUGCCAGUGUUACAAAAACCACAACAAUUUGUGAAAGAGAAAUGGCUAAAUUAUCUGUGCCAGUCUUAAAGACGAGGGGCCAAGGUUUCACUUGUAUCUAUGCGUGGAUCAAGGGAAAUGGGGAGGAAAUAAAGACUGGAAGUGAGUGCUGAAUGGAGGAAUAAAGGCAAACACACGGCAGCAAUCACACUAUCCCCCUCCUACCCACUCUCAGCAGCAAGAACCAGAUGUCUGGCAAGGACAAGGUGGGUUCACCAACAGCUUGCGCACCUCAGGAAUCUGGUAUUUUGGUCAGAUGGCUAUUUUUGGUCAGCCAGCCCCAUCCUUCAUCCUGACUCCCCUUUGUCCUGAUCAAAGCUCAACCCUCUCCGUACACACCCUCUUCUGAAGUGAGGGCUGCCAUGGCACUUGUUUUCUGAUAAUUGCCAUCACUCUUACCUCCUCCUGCUUAACCACAAGGCACUAAGAUAAAGUGCUCUGUAACAAAAACCUACCAGGGUCAUCUCAUCUCCAGAAUAUGGGAUCUCUCCCCUACCUUUUCUUGCAAUGGAUGAGGAACAGUCACCGCCUUGGCACCUUCCUCUGAUUUAUUCCAACUCAGGAAAAAUAGUAAAGGAUGGAAUUGUGACAUACAGGUUUCUGAGGAAUAGACCUGCCUACUCCCACAUUCUCUACUUAAGAGUUUUUGGACUGUGACAUUUGUUGAACAACUCUUAUGCCUCAAGCUCAGACUUCACCCUUCAUUCCUUAAAGACUUUAUGAACCUUCACAGAAUCACAGAAUGGUUACGGCUGAAAGAGACUGCUGAAGGUCAUCUGGUCCAACACGCUGCU